GGCGCGGGCGAGUUGGUAAACAGAUCCCGAGUGCGCGUGAGGCGCCUGCGGUACGGCCACCGUGUGGAGGCGGCGCGAAGGUGACCGCGGCCCAGCUUCCUUUCCUAGGCCCUGAAGGAUGGCUGCCAUGUUGGGGGAUGCCAUCAUGGUGCUCAAAGGCCUUGCCAAGCUGACUGAGGCAGCUGUGGAAACCCAACUGCAGCACUUGGGCCUCGGCGGGGAGCUCAUCAUGGCGGCCAGGGCCCUACAAUCCACAGCUACGGAGCAGAUCAGCAUGUUCUUGGGGACAGUGCAGGAGCAGGAGAAGCACGAAGAACCUUACAUUGCUGAGAGCUUUGACGACCCAGAAUCAGAGUUCCACUUCUCAGGGCCAAGGGGUGACGGAACCUCUGCAGACUUCUCUGCAGCCUCCUCCCAGGACCAGUCCUCAUCUCCACCCCAGGAUCAUGCUGGCAGCAAGGGCCCAGCUCCUGCCUAUGUUGACAGCGGACCCUUUAGGGAAGCCGGGCUCCCAGGCCAGACUGGCUCUCCUCGGGGCAGGGUGAAUGGGAGGCUCUUUGUAGACAGCAGAGCCCCUUUCUCUCCCAAUGGCCUUCAGCGAAGGUUCUUCCACCAGGACCAGUCCCCCGUGGGGGGCCUUACAGCUGAGGACAUUGAGAAGGCUCGGCAGGCCAAGGCUCGCCCUGAGAGCAAGCCUCACAAGCAGAUGCUCAGUGAGAGGGCUCGGGAGCGGAAGGUGCCAGUUACACGGAUUGGGCGGCUGGCCAACUUUGGAGGUCUGGCUGUGGGUCUGGGCUUUGGAGCACUGGCUGAAGUGGCCAAGAAGACCCUUCGCUCUGAGGACUCCUCAGCGGGGAAGAAGGCCGUGCUGGACUCCAGCCCCUUCCUGUCCGAGGCCAACGCAGAGCGCAUUGUGAGCACGCUGUGCAAGGUGCGCGGCGCUGCACUCAAGCUGGGUCAGAUGCUGAGCAUCCAGGAUGAUGCUUUCAUCAACCCCCAUCUGGCCAAGAUCUUUGAGCGAGUGAGGCAGAGCGCAGACUUCAUGCCGCUGAAACAGAUGACGAAAACUCUCAACAGUGACCUGGGCCCCAACUGGCGGGACAAACUGGAAUACUUUGAGGAGCGGCCUUUUGCAGCCGCCUCCAUCGGGCAGGUGCACCUGGCCCGAAUGAAGGGUGGUCGUGAGGUGGCCAUGAAGAUCCAGUAUCCUGGCGUGGCCCAGAGCAUCAACAGUGAUGUCAACAACCUCAUGGCUGUGUUGAACAUGAGCAACAUGCUUCCGGAAGGCCUGUUUCCUGAGCACCUGAUCGAUGUGCUGAGGCGGGAGCUGGCGCUAGAGUGCGACUACCAACGAGAGGCUGCCUGUGCCAAGAAGUUCAGGGAGCUCCUGAAGGACCACCCUUUCUUCUACGUGCCUGAGAUUGUGGAUGAGCUCUGCAGCCCCCACGUGCUGACCACAGAGCUCGUGUCUGGUUUCCCCCUGGACCAGGCUGAGGGGCUGAGCCAGGAGAUCCGGAAUGAGAUCUGCCACAACAUCCUGGUCCUGUGCCUGAGGGAGCUGUUUGAGUUCCAGUUCAUGCAGACAGACCCCAACUGGUCCAACUUCUUUUAUGAUCCUGAGCAGCACAAGGUGGCUCUUCUGGACUUUGGGGCAACUCGGGAAUUUGACAAAUCGUUUACUGACCUCUACAUCCAGAUCAUCAGGGCUGCCGCUGAGAGGGACAGGGAGACUGUGCUGAAGAAAUCCAUAGAGAUGAAGUUCCUCACCGGCUACGAGGUCAAGGCCAUGGAAGAUGCCCACCUGGAUGCCAUCCUCAUCCUGGGGGAAGCCUUUGCCUCAGAGGAGCCCUUUGACUUUGGCACCCAGACCACCACCGAGAAGAUCCACAGCCUGAUUCCCAUUAUGCUGAGGCACCGGCUCAUCCCACCCCCUGAGGAGACCUACUCAUUACACAGGAAGAUGGGGGGUUCCUUCCUCAUCUGCUCCAAGCUGAAGGCCAAGAUCCCCUGUAAGGCCAUGUUUGAGGAGGCCUACAGCAACUACUGCAAGAGGAGGGCUGAGCAGUAGCUGCUCGGUGUGGACUCUGUCCCUGUGCAGCUGAAACUAUUAAGAAGGUGGUGAUGCUCCGUUUAAACUCCUUUGCCCAAGGAGAGGAGGGGAUGCUGCUUGGAGCCCCACUGCCAGCGCUUAUCACGGUUUUAUUGCUAAGGGUAUGUGGUGUGCAAGAAGGAACAUGAAACCCCAGCUGUCAGAGUCUAACAGUUGUGUAUUCAUCUUCUGCAAUACUCUAGAUAAAAGGGCAAUUUUAUUUCCUUUUAGUAACAGUUUUAUCUAAUCAGAAGAGACUACUACCUUCAAAUCCCUGCCACCAAAAAAAAGGAGAACCCUUUCUGGAUGUUAUUGAACAUGUAUAUGAGGUUUGUGUGUGUUUCUAGAAUGAGAUUUGUUUUCUGCCCUUUCCCUCUGCAGCUAGAAGUCAGAUCUGAGCAGUGCCAACAAGUACUAUUUAACCAAGUGAGGUGAACUGCUGCCUCCCAGGGGUAGGAGCAGCUGAGGGGGAGAAAAAGUGACAGCUCUUGUCCUCUCACAUUUGCUACAAGACAGUAUAGGGGAACCUCCUCCCCCCUGCGGCCUUUGUGGAAGGAUAUGAAUGUGCAGAUGUUACCUGAGGGGUCCUCCUCAUAGGCUGUUAAUUUUUAUAAAAUUCUUGUAAUUGUCUGAUUUACUUGUUUCAAUAAAAAUAAA